AUGGAUUCAAUGGCAAAGGAUGGCUCUCUUGGCAAGAAGAGGAAACGUGAGACAGCCAAGAGUACAGAAGAAGACGAAGAACAGACUUCCCAAGAAGACACUACGCCAAUGGUGGACGACAACCGAUGGUUUGUUUACAAUGGUCAGUACAAGAGGCAGAUUCCCAAGACUGUUGGUCAUAUCAGCAUUGAUCCAUCAAUACGGGUCAUUUUCAAAGGUGCCUUUGCAAACCGUAACUCUCUUGUGAGCGUAAAGAUGCACAAUACAGUCCAUACCAUUGCCCAGUUGGCCUUUUCGGGUUGUACUCGGCUGUCAGAGAUUCCACUGCAUGAAGGAUUGAAGUACGUUGGCGAACAAGCCUUUCAAAUGUGUAAUGCCCUAGAAGAUGUCACGAUACCCGAGACGGUUACCAAGAUUGGAAUGAAUGUCUUUUAUCACUGUGAUUCCUUGAAGCGAGUUCAUUUAUCAACAGGCCUGAAGUACCUCCCACACGCAACCUUUAUGCUUUGCCAGGCGCUGUGUACAAUCAAUCUGCCAAAUGGUCUCUGUUCAAUUGGAGAAAGUGCCUUUAAUGGCUGCAAGUCCCUCCGCGAGUUGUUGAUCCCAAGUACUGUGGUGUAUAUCGGAGAGAGAGCCUUCCAAGACUGUGAAUCGUUGACAGAUGUCAUACUUCCUCCAGGGCUGAAGAAGAUCAACGAACGUGCCUUUGUCAACUGUACUUCGUUGAGUGGUGUUGUAAUGUCAUUGGAACUAGAGAAUAUCGAAAUGGAUGCGUUUUCUGGAUGUACCAGUCUCAUUGGCAUUGAGUUUCAACCUGGUAAUGGUGUCAGGAUGGACCAAAGGGCAUUUGGCGGGUGUUCUGCGUUGAUGAAUGUCUGCAUCUCUUGUCUGGGUAAUCAGCGCACGAACCCAUGGUCGUUUGGACAAGAGGACUAUCCUUUCUACAGAAACGAGCAAUUGCGAACCAGCCGAAAUGAUGAAAAAUUGUCCAACAGAUUUGACCAUCUUCCAAUCCAUUGCCUCUGUUACCAUUCCUCAGAAACAACAGUGGACGAUUUGAAAGGAGCACUUGAUUCGAUCAAUGAUGUGGAAUCGACCGAAUUGAAAGACUAUCUUAACAUGACACCCUUUCAUAUUGUCGCCACCUCGGCAAACCCAAGGCUAGAAAUAUUGGAAUGCCUGCUGAAUCAUUAUCCCAUCGAGAUGCUGGAGCACCAAGAUGUCGAUGGUAAGACCAUGUUGGACUACAUGCUGAUGCACAAGUCUCGCAAGAUUAUUCCCUUGCUACAGCUGGCACUGCGCAAAGCAGUCGUGGAAAAGACAGGCGGUUUGGGUUUGGGAGUUCGAUUGGGUUUGGAGUUGCAACAGGCAAUCGAUGGGGUGACGAAUAGUACUUUCGACACCACCACCGCUGAGAAUAAACGUGAACAACUCUGCAACAUCUUUUUCAAAGUGGCAUAUUCUAUACGAGAAGAAAUGGCAUGCCAAUUGGAACUAGCGUUAUGGAAAAGGCAGAUGAAUAAUGAUAAGAAUACAGAGUGUGAUGAGACUACCACGACUGGCAAUGACCGAGAAUCCUGUCGAUACAAGAGUGGAGCUCAAGUGGUUAUCAAAAAUGCAAUUGGAUACUUGUGGGUCAAUCAAGAAUCCAACCACGACAUGGCCCAUUCGAUAUUUCCACUUUGUUCCAUGUCCCCACUUCCAAGUCGGGCUGGAAUGCGGUUGCACUACUAA